AUAUGAAGGCAAACCUGACCUUCGUCAGAGUCUGCCUCAAUAAAACUCUUACUAGUAAAUCUAAUAACUAAGUUUACUUGUAAGUACAAUAAUUCUCAUUUACUGGGGGUGGGCUGCUGCUCCUCAAGGUUUCCUUGCAGAGGCUUCCAAAGAAGGGAUUGGACAGCGAGAGGGCCAAUAGGCUGCAGUGCAGCAGGUUAUUUGAACUGUCCUCGAUAAGCCCAGCUAAACCAGACAGCAUCAUCAGACUUUUAAAACCAAAUUUCUGUGUAGGAGUCAGUCAUCAACUGUUGUGCGGGGGCAACUAAAGAAGGGGAAUGCUUUCAGCUCUUUAACAUCACACCUAUCAUGGGAUUUUACCAUUUCUUCAUCAAUCUGGGAGUCCACUGAUGCACCUGUCAAUUGAGGGUAAUCUCUAAAAGAAUGGAAGAAGUUGCAGCAAUGAAGUGUGACACUGUGCUCUGUUUGGAUGAUGGCAAGAGGGUUGAGAGGAGCAUGCAGACGUGUGCAGACCUACCUCAGAUGACUUUAGCAGACGGGCAGAGCGCGGAUCCGCUGCAUUGCCAGGAGGACAGCCUAAACGUCUCUGCUUUGAAGUACAGAAGAUAUGGGUCUAGUCUGAGUGGUGUCAAAGUUCGCCACAAAAGACAGGUACUACAGAACAUGGCCCGUCCCCUGAAACAUUGGCUUUACAAGCACAGAGACAACCCCUACCCUACAAAGACAGAGAAAGUCCUAUUGGCUCUGGGUUCUCAUAUGACUCUGGUGCAGGUUUCCAAUUGGUUUGCUAAUGCCAGGCGAAGGCUGAAGAACACUGUGAGGCAGCCUGACCUGAGCUGGGCCCUCAGGAUCAAACUGUACAACAAAUACAUCCAGGGCAACGCCGAGAGGCUGAGUGUGUGCAGCGACGACACCCACACAGAUGAUGAGGACUGUACCAUGCAGACUCCUACCAGCCAGUCAAACUUUAGCAGGAAGCCUUCCCAUAAAAGCAACGUUCUUGCCAUUGCCGACUGCUCCAGCAUUGACGACAGCACGUCUCCGCCGUCCAAGUAUAAGAGCAGCUUGUUGAAUCGCUACCUGAACGACAGCCUGCGGCACAUGAUAGGAGCCAAGGCGGAGGACAUCUCUUCAGCCCGGAAAAUGAGGAACCACUCUGAGUCCUACGACUGUGAUCAGGAUGUUGUCUCUCCAGCUUCCUCGUCUGAAACAGAGGCCAACUUUGUCUACCAGAUGGAUGCAACGGAUUGGACUUUGACUAAACGUGACAGAACUCAUCAGCAGGACCGAGGCAAACCAAGACAGGACUGCCAAGGCUGGAAGGAGAUCCGUGCUGCCGUAGCUCUCACCAGUUUGGCUCAGGGGCCGAGCGGUGCUUUGAUGCCAGGUAUCUCCACAGGGUGGAGCUGCAGCUCCGAACCCAGACCUGCAUCGGGGAGCGCCCUCAGGACCAGGGUCUGCAGCAUUGGAGCAACAUCUGCUCUGCAGCAGACAGCAGGGACAACUCUCACCAGCCGCAUCAUCCAGAAAUCCUCUCAUAUCUCAGAGGUGCAGACUGUCAAAGUUUCCAGCAGUGGGUAGACACCGAAUGUGUUUUCCAACACUGAACAGCCUUCGAGGUGAAUGUUUUUUAAUGCUGACAAACUUAUUCCAUCAUUAUAGUGUCAAUCUAAACACCAACCUAAAGGAUUUUUAUUUUUAUUUUGUAAUCAGUGUUGCUCUGUGGCAUUAAGUUAUAUUACCUCUUAAGAGACUGGAUCCUCAUCCAAUGACAAAACAGUUAUUUGAAUAAAACCAGUGUCAAAUGUU